ACUGGAACAAUCCAGGCAAUCUAAUCCCAUCCUUUAUGUGCCCUUGCAGCGCCAGGCCGCGGCACAGCCCCACAGCAGUGAGCCCUGCAGCCGCGGCGCCCCGGCCCCUUGUCCCGGUGUCAGAUCUGGUGACGCUGCUCCCUGCCAGGUUUCAUCAUGUUUGCCCGUCCCUGCUGAUGCCAGGCUGGCAGCAGCGAGGAGCAGGGUAUAAAAGUGGGAGGGAGGCUGAGCACAUCAGUGUGCUCCGAGAUGGCCUCGCUCACUCUGCUCACCGGCCUGGCCGUGCUGCUGAACGCCCACCUCGGCUCUGCCUAUGUGCUGACCUGUUACUUCACCAACUGGGCCCAGUACCGGCCUGGCCUGGGCAAGUUCAGCCCUGAGAACAUCGACCCCAACCUGUGCAACCACCUGAUCUACGCCUUCGCCGGCAUGAACAACAACGAGAUCAGCACGUACGAGUGGAACGACGAGACCCUCUACAGGUCCUUCAAUGGCCUCAAGAGCCAGAACAAAGAUCUGAAGACCCUGCUGGCCAUUGGAGGAUGGAAUUUCGGCACGCAGAAGUUCUCCACCAUGGUCUCCACACCCCAGAACCGCCAGACCUUCAUCAAGUCCGUGGUCAAAUUCCUGCGGCAGUACGGAUUCGAUGGGCUGGACCUGGACUGGGAAUACCCCGGCUCCAGGGGCAGCCCUGCCCAGGACAAGGCUCUCUUCACCGUCCUGGUUAAGGAGCUGCUGGCAGCCUUCGAGCAGGAGGCCAGAGAGACCAACCAGCCCCGGCUCAUGGUCACCGCCGCCGUGGCUGCCGGACUUUCCACCAUCCAGGCCGGCUACGAGAUCGCCGAGCUGGGCAAGUACCUGGAUUACUUCCACGUCAUGACCUACGACUUCCACGGCUCCUGGGAGCGGAACACGGGCGAGAACAGCCCCCUGUUCGCCGGCCCUGCUGACAGCGGCGACUACAAAUACUUCAACGUGGAAUACGCCAUGAAUUAUUGGAAGAGCAAUGGUGCCCCAGCUGAGAAGCUCCUGGUGGGAUUCCCAACCUAUGGAAAGAGCUUCACCCUGCAGAACCCAUCCGACACCUCCGUUGGAGCUCCGGCAUCCGGCCCUGGCCCCGCCGGGCCUUACACCAGGGAGGCCGGAACUCUGGCUUACUACGAGAUCUGCUCUCUCCUGGGUUCUGGAGCCACCCAGGCUUGGGAUGCCCCCCAGGAUGUCCCCUACGCCUACAAGGGCAGCGAAUGGGUCGGCUACGACAACGUCAAGAGCUUCGGCCUCAAGGUGGACUGGCUGAAGAAGAACGGCUUUGGAGGGGCCAUGGUGUGGGCCCUGGACAUGGAUGACUUCAGUGGGGAUUUCUGCCACGAGGGCAAAUACCCCCUGAUCUCCAGCCUGAAGAAGGGCCUGGGGCUGCAGGGCGGCGGCUGCGCUCCCCCCGCUGAGCCCCAGCCUCCCAUCACUGAGGCUCCCACCACCACCGCCAGCGGCGGCUCCGGAUUCUGCGCCGGGAAACCCAACGGGAUUUACGCAGACCCCAGCAACAAGAGGAACUUCUACAGCUGCCUGAACGGCGAUACCUUCGUGCAGAGCUGCCAGCUGGGGCUGGUCUUCGACCCCGGCUGCUCCUGCUGCAACUGGCCCCAGUGAUCCCAACGCUUUUCCAUCCCUCGGGUUGAAUUGCGUGCAAUCAUGGUGAUUCAAUAAAGCUUUUUGAAAGCAUU